UCGGGCUCGUUGGGCCAUGGGCUCGUUAGGCCUCGGGCUCAUUAGGAGUUUGGGCCCUCGUUGAGGCCUCAGGCGCUCGUUAGGGACUUGGGCUCGUUAAGCUCCUGGUUUCCUGGAUGAUGCUCUGCUUCUAUUAUGGUUUCUACUCAGCUCGACGGUCAUUUCACUGUAAUUUGCUCCCUUUUUGCACAGCGAGGAAAGCAACAGUCAUCUGUGAUGUGAAGGGGCGGAGCCCCUUUGUGUGAGUGUAUGCAUGUUUCCUCAGAGGGACCGCCCCCAACCCCCCACGCCCCGGUCUGCUGUGAAGCAAAGGGGGGGGGCGUGGCAUGACAGUUUUCUGUCAUGCGACUGAUAAUCACCACGUUCACUGGAAGGUUUGUGAUGGCAGCUCAGACCUCACAGCCUCCACCCAAACAUCCACACCUUCACGCUCAUGUGCAGCGACAGAAGCGCCCGAGCUUUGGGAAAAGUUUCACACGGAAGUGACUGAAUUUGAGGUUUUGUUUUUGGAAAGCUGUGAUUAAAGAUCAGCGAGAGGAAAACUGGAGAAAAAUAUGCAAAAAAAAAAAAAGACGAGAAGAAGAGCAGGAGGGCACGACCUUUGACCCACCUUUCACCUCAAAGCAUUUCAAAAGGACGAUCAACACCGAUGUCCAAUCAAACUUUAUCCGUCCUCGUAAACAGAGUUUGGGCCCCGGCGUCCCGUCCUGCUCUUCCUCCAUCUGAUCCUCACUGUGCUCUCAGAUGCUGCCUCUGCUUCCUGGCUUUCGGAGUCAGAGCGACCCAGCACCUCUGGGUCACCUGGACCGGUCCAGGUGUGCUGUGAUGGGCUGAACCGCUCUCUGCUGUCGCGGCAGCGUCAGCAGACCCGGGACCUGGAGGUGUGGCGAUCCCUCGGACCGCGGCGGGGUUUCACCUGCACUGCUGCCGUUCCAAAAGCCUCGAAGCUCCCAAAUGUUUGUGAGAAAUAAACGAGAUCCUCCCGUUAGACAAACAGCUGUUUGUUUACUUUGAAUGGCAGCGUGCGAUUGGUUUCCUGCUGUCGGGGAGGAUGUCCUGAAGUCUCCAAACGCGUCCUUUGAAGCAGUCUUUCUCUGUGAUCGCCUUCAGAAUCGCCUGUACGGACUCUGAGGACUCCAUAAAGUUCAGAGGAAACGCAGGAACAGUUCGAUGCACUUCUGCUUUAUGUUCCCGACUUCCUUUAACUUCCUGCUCACGCCAGGGUUGAAUGUUCGAAGCCGUUCUGUUCAUCCUCCUCGAUACCUUCUGCUCCUUUGAAACGACCUCUGGCGACCUUGUUAUUAUUCGUCUUUUGUUGGAUUUCUUAAGGAAUAAGUUCAUAAAACCUUUGAGAUGGUCUGAUGAAAUCAUCGCAUCACUUCCUGUUUCUCAGAGAGGAUGUUUCUGAAUCACACACAACAAAAAGCAAAUGACAAUCUGCAGAAAGGUGGAAUUUGCUCUCUGUUUGGUUUCCAUUCCUGCUGUCGGCACAGCCGGACAGAUCGGGAGAAUGAUCCCAGUGUUUUAGCCAUACACCGCCGCCGCCGCCUCCUUCUCCGCUCGUUGUUAACGUCUCCACGGUCGAGUACAUAGCAGAUGCGUUUCUAUCCAGUUUCUAUUUUUUAGUAUGACGUGAUUCUUCUGAUUUCUAUAUUUUGUAGUGUGAUUAAAGUGGUCUUUUUAUAUUCCAGCAGUUUCUACCACACAUUCCAAACGUGCACGUCAGCAGACGGGCCCCGGCCGGCGCCGCCGCGGAUGCUGAUCUCAUCUUAGCUGUCCUCCACAGCUGCUCUGUUUUUAAAGGUCGUGUUGAGACAGAGGUGGUCAGUGUGUCACAAAGAUCACGGCGUCUCGUCGACCUCUCGGGCCUCAGAGACUCUGGAGGUGGAGUCGAUCAGUUUACGUCACAUUUAGCGCCUUCUGUCUUCAUGUCCACCUGUUUUAACUCCUUAAAAGGAAAAACCAUCAGUCACAGCCUGCUGUGAUGACGGUGAGUCAGCAUGGAGAGCCCACCUGUGUCCACAGGUAACAGAAGCCUCCUGUCAGCCCCUCUGAAGGAUGUUGAGGGGUCAUCUUAAGGUUCAGGGUCAGGGUCAUUCCUGCUGCUGUCACCUUUAGAUCACUCAAAGGAGGUGCCAACCGCUCUUAGCACGGAGGAAGACGUGGCGAGGAGGAGGAGAGCUCGACCCACAGUCUGAGCGGUUUCCUCUGAACCGUCUGCCUCAGACGAUCGGUCCUCAGGGACGAAUUUAAAGGGGCGUGACCUCACGAUGGGAUCGUGCUCCCGGUCGUUCCUCACCCUCAGGUCAGCAGUCUGUGUAGAAGCAGGAACCACGACUCCAGCUGGUUCCUCUCAGUUUGUUUCCUUUUGGCUCAAAGACUCGAGUUUGAUGAAGCGUGGAAACGCGCGCUUCACUCAUUAAAUCUGGCUGUCAUGGCGGCAGGUUUCUAACAGAUGCAGACAUGGACAUCAAAGUGCUGUGGAGGACGGCGUCUGUAGUCGCGAUGCCAGUCAGGUCCCAUCGAAUCAGAAUCUAAGCUCAAAACACGUCUUUAAGAAAAAAAGAAAGAAGGCAGACGGCGUUAUGGAGCGUUUUUAUUUUUCUAUCUGUACGGCUUCUGUCAGAAUAUAAAGACGGCGUCCGGGCCGCUCGGUUUCCUGGUUUUCAGUUAGUGCUUUUCUCUUUCCUUCCCGUCUUUGGCUGACUUCUUUGUGCCGGACUCGUGACUGUCUCGACGUCCUCUGCCGGGCCUUCGUACCUUCAGUAAUACCAAUGUGAAACCUGUAACUCUCCUCAUGGUUCGACUCAGUGGAAGUGUGAUGUUUACAUGUACAGAUUUUUGCUAUUUUUCUUUUCUGGUUCUUUCUGUUUUCAUCUUCAUGCCUCUCUUUUCCACUCCUGAGUUCCUCUCACUCCUUCCUCACACAGGGAAAUGGGACUGAGACUAAAUAUGAUUAUCCACCUUUCACACUCUGCCCUUUCCCACUGUGGAGGCCUGAGAGUGCCAAAAGUACUAAUGGCCUUAGCACCUUUAAAUGCAUCAACUAAGAAAUUAAUCUGAACUGUAAUUCUCCUCUUUAUUUCCUGUUUCAUGUUGUAAAUAAGGAAAUAAAGUGCAAAAUGAAUGCAUGAAUAAAUGAAUGUAAUUGGCACAGCAGCCAUGUUUGGACCUGACCUAAGGCUCAUUUACAGCUCAGGUAAAUGUUUUGCAGGCUGUUAGUUUUAAUUUAAAGCCUAUUUUCAGUUCAUCAGUGUUAGUUUUAUGGGAUUAUGACAAAUGAGAACAUUAUUUAUAUAUUUUUAUUUUCAUUAUUUUUAGUAGUGCACAGUUUGGUCUAGUUUUUAGAAGACGGCGAUUUCCUGCAGGAGAGGUGGUGAGCCUGGCCCAGAUGUGGUCCAGAUGCCACAGUCACUGAAGCCGGGUCAAAGCCAGACGGGGUAAAGCUGUACAAAGGUGAAUAUGGACAGAAAUGUUUGGGUUGAUGCAUUUAAUUUUCUGUUAAAGUGUUGGAGCUGUUCAGUCACUUUGGCAGUUUCAGUCCUCCGUAGGGUCUGGGGGAUCGGGUACUUCCUGUUAGCAUCAUUAGCGCUGAGUUAAAUCUGCCACGCUAACGUGCUCGGUGAAGAAAGUCAAGGCGUUCCCGGGCGGCCUUCUGGGUGUGGGAGGGGGGAGAUGUGCGAUUGUUCGGCUCUGGAGGGGUGGGCUGCGGUUGACCCCCGACCUCUCGGCUGACUCCACGGCACACAGGAUUCCAGCGGGGCCACGGCGACCCUCCGCGAUCCGUGGGACACGAUUCCUCAGUGAAUGAAAAGCCAUUUCGGGUCCCGGGCGUCGGGUCUUUAGUCUGUGAGUGUAUUUAGCAAAACUUAAACUGCGGACGGCGAAACUCAACCUCAGGAACAGAAAAAAGGACAUGACUUUUAUAAAAGCAGCUGAAGGCCCAUUUCCCUCUCUUUGAUACCAUAUAAAUUAUAUCAAAUCAAUUCUUUUUAUAUUUAUUGUGUUUAUUAUUCUUCUAUAUAACAGUGGAUACCUUUUGCAGUACCUGUGGCUGAAUAUUUUGAUUCUUUAGAAAAGUGUUGAUAAUAUAUGUGAAGCAACUUAAAGGACGGAGGAAAAAAAAGAAGAAAUCUGGGUUCUUAUUCUUUCUGUUGAUGACUACAUAUCACUCUGGUCCAUGACGAAGAAACCAAUGAUUAUACAGACUGAGCUUUCUUUGUGUGAUGUCACUGCUAAGGCUGAAAUGUUUCUGGACUUUGUGACCGUUCAGUUUGUUUUUGGUUUGUUUCCUCCCGAGCUGUACAUCACAAAGCUAAAUAUACUAAUAAAAACUGUGUGCUAUCUAUCAGACGUCAGCUUUCACGCGCCCUUAUUUCCUCCCAUCACGAAUGCUGACCCCUCACUGCACCGCAUUUACGUCGGUGGCUGCGGAUCGCAUCCAGAGCCGUUUGCAGGUUCGUCUGGGGCCUCUGACAGAAAUCCGCUCAGUCGGAUGCAGCACCGUGUCCGGGCUGAAUAAUCUGCAGCAGCGAGCGUUCGGAUUAAAGUCACUUCCUGUUUGGUUUGGGAAGUCGUCGUAAUUUGAUCACAUGACUUCAUAGCACAUUACACAUCAUAACACAGACUGUAUAUAAAAGAUGCUUGGCUAGCACAGACUGUGUGGAAGCAUCACACAUACACAGAAUAACAUCCAAUCACAAUCCUGGAAUCCUGGAGCUCCGCCUUCUCGGUCUGUUAGUACAGUGUUGGCCAUGUUAUCGGUCACAUGAUGUCAUUAAACAUUGAGUUUUUACUGCCUGUGUUCCUCAAUAAUUCGUUGUAUGAAUACAUGUGUUUGAUUUUACAUACUUCAGCUGCACUUCCAUGUUUAUUUGUACUGGAAGGUUUCAACAGGCUCACUGCUGCCUCUGCUGGGCGUCAGAGGAACUGCAGGAAUAUCAAUAAAAUGGAGUUGUUAGAAUUAGGCCACACUCACAUCAUUUCAUUAAAUAUUUAUUCUUUAAAUGCUCAAAUGUUUCUGACGUCUGUGUGGUGGCCCUUUGGGGGACUGCGAUCCUCAUAUUGGACACCAGUGUGCUGCAGCUUAGGUUCAUGAGUCACCCUGUGGGUGUGUUUGUAACGGCGGACUGACACCUGAACACCGGAACGUGUUGCGGCUGUCAGGUGAGUUUCAGAUGCAUCUGCUUCUGUUCCUGUGACGUCACAAAAGCUAAAACUUCCAAAGCAGGUGGGACACGUGGUCAUCCCGGGUGUCCCGGGACAGGAUGGAGACCCAGCACACACACACCUCCCUCCUCUCUCGCUCUCUCUCUCACGCACACACCUGCGGGGCUCCUCCCCCUCGGUUUGCAGGUGUGUGAGCAGCAGGAGGUGCGCAGAGCUCCGAACCCGAUCCUCCGCGCUGUGCUCCGGUGCUCGACCCGCAUAGCCUCGGUUUCCGUUUGCGCACUCCCGCAGCCGCCGAGCGCGUCCCGCCGCUCGGAGCCGAACAAACCGGUUCCUCCGGUCCGCCCGCCGGCGGGGCGGGAUGUUUCCGGAGAGGGGCAGGCGCGAGCGGCAGGCGCGUGCGUGCUGGAGGACGCAUUUCGGUGAGAGCGACGGGCCGCGGCGGGGACAGACCUGCGCGUGCCGGGAUGGAGAGCUGCUGCCGCGCGUGUUUGCCGUGCUGCUCGUGCCUCUGGGACCGGAUAUGGCCCGGCCUCCGGUACCCCGGGCCCCGCGACCACGUCAUCGCCAACCCGGCGGCGCACGCGGCCGAGAUCCGCACCGUGUCCGGGGACAUCCGCGUCCCCGCGCCCAAGAAGCGGCCCGCGCAGCUGUACGCGGCGCUCUUCGACUUCGAGGCCCGCAGCGACGACGAGCUGACGGUUAAGGAGGGCGACAAGCUGUCGGUGAUCGAGAAGCGCGGAGACUACGUGCUGGCCAAGAAGCUCACUGGGAGCCUGGAGUCCGGCCUCGUCCCCGCCAACUACGUGGCUCUGCUGCAGGACGAGUUCGCCAAACACAAGUGGUACUACGGGAACAUAAACCGUGGGAAAGCGGAGAAGCUGCUGCUCGCCUCCCAAAACAAAGAUGGCGCCUUCCUGGUUCGCAUCAGUGAGAGUCACAGUGACGAGUACACUAUCUCUGCUCGGAGCGAGGGGAAAGUGUUCCACUUCCGGGUCCAGCGCUCCUCCAUCGGAGCGUACCUCAUCUCGGAUAAGAUCUCUUUCGCCACACUGGGAGAGCUCAUCGCCUACUACCAGAAAAACUCUCGCAGCCUCGGCGUGCUGCUGGAGGAGCCAUGCGCCCAGCAGCGGGAGCUGUUCGACAUGGAGCCGUGGGAGAGGCCCAGAGAGGAGUUCAGGCUCCAGAGGAAACUGGGAGAAGGUCACUUUGGGGAGGUGUGGGAGGCUUUCUGGACCACAGAGAAGAAGAAGGUGGCCAUAAAGACGCUCAAACAAGAGGACACAAAGCAGGAUGAGUUUGUGAAGGAGGUGCAGGCGCUGAAGAGCCUCCAUCACCCGAAGCUCAUCCAGCUGCUGGCCAUGUGCUCCCGAGGAGAGCCCGUCUACAUCGUCACUGAGCUCAUGACCAAAGGGAGCCUCAAGUCCUACCUGGCCUCUCCCGAAGGCCUGGCGCUCACCUCGGCUCAUCUCAUCUACAUGGGCAGUCAGGUGGCAGAGGGCAUGGCGUACCUGGAGGACAGAAGCAUCGUGCACAGAGACCUGGCUGCCAGGAACAUCCUGGUGGGAGACGACCUCGUCUGUAAGGUGGCCGACUUUGGACUGGCUCGCAUCAUCAGGGACAGCGUGUACACGGCCAGCAGGAACACAAAGAUCCCCGUUCGAUGGACGGCACCCGAGGCGGCGCUUCACCAGCGCUUCUCCGUCAAGUCGGACGUGUGGUCGUUCGGGGUGCUGCUGUAUGAGAUGAUGUCACGGGGCAAAAUGCCCUAUGAAGGUAAAAGCAACAAGGAAGUGAUGGAUCUGCUAACGUCGGGCUUCCGGCUGCCCUCUCCAAGCCGCUGUCCUUCGAACAUUUACCGCAUCAUGAUAGACUGCUGGGCCAUCGAGCCCUCCAAGAGACCCUCCUUCCACGCCCUGCACAGCCAGCUGGAUUCCAUAUAUGCCAAGAUAUAUUUUAAGACCGUAGAGGUGUAGGCCGCACAGGUAUCCUCCUCCUGUACUGGGAGGGAGGGGGUGAGGAAGACUUCUGCCAAUUCCAUCGGGACUCCUCAGAGGAAUCGUGAUCGACACUCGGGUUUACAGAGAGAGUGAACGGCGUGGGGGAGGCGUGGAGGUCCGCUCGUACCUGGAACGACGCGGCCCCUCGGCCGAUUCGCAGAAGCGGCUCUUUUUAGUUUUCUACCAUCGGUUUUCUAAAUGAGAGUUUAUUACUUCAGUGCGGCGUCGGUCUGUGCGUGCGCACUGUGGACUCACAGGUCACGACCUGAAUGAAUGACGUGUGUUUUGAAUGCAAAGCCUUCUGGGUAAAAAUAUUUUGUGCAAUAAGAACGCCUGCUGGGGUCUUUUAGCCACGCUAGCGGCUCGGCUCAGAGUCCGACUGCUGCCGUCACAGAGCAGCGGAGCGGUGGACUCCCACAGUCCUGAUUGGUCAGAGUGGCUUCGACAACCAAUGUUAACCAGACGUCUAUUUGUAACACGGGCAUCGAAACAUGUUUGCGACACGAAAAAGACCCAAAUCUAUGCAGAGAAGCAGCGACAGCCUUGCUCCUAAAAGUGUCCGCUCAGCAUUGGGGUCAUUAACGUGUCACAUGUGAUCACAGACACGCCUACACAGCACCAAAACAUCUGCCUGCUCGCUACGAAAGACCACAAAGCCAGCAGUCAGUGUGAUUACAGUAGUGUGAUUACAGUAGUGUGAUUACUGCAAUGCCCCAAACCUCUGAGAAAACCUGAUUCACGCCACCACUUCCUCCCUGCACACAUGCAGUGAAUCAGAGAUGUGUUCAGGCGUCCGUGUCUUUAAUGUUAAAAACUGCAUACGCAGCCACACCUGCAGUCACACCUGCACGCCUGUCCUCUCAGGCUGGGCCCAUGCACCGCUGCCUGCUCUCUGGCUGAACUCUGUUAAUCUGAUGAACCCACAGGCGUGAAGUAUUCUGUCUUCCCUCUCUGAAGGUUUGGACACGCGUUACACAUCGAGCCUCGAUGCAGCGCCGCGCGUUCAUGCUCUUCUAACAGCUAGUUACAGCUCCAGUGCCUAUGUUUACAACACACACACACACACACACACACACUGCAGGAGGUGGACUUAGAGACGACACCAACACACACUGACAGUGACUCAGCCACACUCUUCAGGGUGGGUGGGGGUGGGCUGUGUGGGGUUCUGCACCAUUAAAUUGUACAACAUUAUGUUGCAACCUGCAAUGCAAUUUAAGAACAAUGCAACUUUGGUCUUUUAUGCAUGAGCAACAAAGCCAAGUUGAGGAAACUUGAGCCAUAAACACCAAAUCACACGUCUGACUUCGACCUGUGACAGCGCUGCAAAUAAAGUUUUUUUAAACACUGUG